GCUUUCUCAGCGCUUGUUGCCACUACUCGUUGGCUCCUCUGCUUGCUCAAUUUGUUGCGCUGGCUUGAUGAACGGGUAAACAUGUCUGUUAUGGGAGGUGGAACGAGAGGGUUUUAUUUCAACACAGUUCUGUCGCUGGCUCGGUCUCUAGCUGCCCACCGCCCUGCACCGAUCGAAAAGGUAAAAAAACUACAAUGUAUGUGCCCUGUGGAAGUCCGUGGUGUGUUCACUUUAGAUGUGCGCCGCAGAGAUGCUGUUAUUGCGCUGGCUGUGUUUCUAGUGGAGUCUGGCUUACAGCACAAAGACAUAGUUGUUUCCUACUUGCUGACCCUUUUGAGAGGGCUUCCACGGGUCCAGUGGAUCGAAGAAAGCUUGGGAAAGAAAGGAAAGGAAUUUCUCCCAGUUGCAGAAAACUUCAGCUUCUGUCUAGUGACACUUUUGUCAGAUGUGGCUCAGAGGGACCCAGACUCCCGACAGGAGAUCUUGAACACCAUAAUGGACGUAUUGCAGGCAUUACAGGAGAUGUGCCAGUCACCUGAUGAUCAUGACAAAGUCUUUCUGUGCAGGUAUAUUGUCCCCAGUCUACUUGGUAUGACUCGAGCAUUUGGCCGCUACAGCAACACAGAAGAGGCCCUGUUGUCCAAGUUGUUCCCCAAGGAUUCGCCUCAAGUCCGCUGUGUCACAGAAGAAACGGAGGGUGUGCGCCGCAGAUCGUUCAAUGACUUUCGCUCUAUUCUGCCAUCCUCUCUGCUCACGGUGUGCCAAAGUGACUCACUGCGCAGACGCACUGGGACCAGCCUGGAUUCCUCUGCCCAGGUGUCUACAGACCCAGCAGGCCACUCACCCUGCUCUCCUACGACCCCUGGUCUACAUUACUUUGAAGGUGCCUAUCUUCCAGACAGCAGCUCAGUAGACCCUGACUACUAUUUCUCCACAGUCAGCUCCAGUUUUUCAGUGUCUCCCCUCUUCAUGGGAGAAGGUGAAAAUGAGGUGGAGGUGCCGAUUGAUCUGCUCCAACAGCUCCUUGGCAUGGUGAAAAAGUUUGUCUCCGACUCUUUCUUAAAGACUCUGGAUAGCGUUAUGACAGAAGUCAUAGAGCACAAUCCUGGACUCAACAUCUGUUAUAAAACCUUCAGUGACCCUCUCUAUGUGUGUGUGUUCAAAAUGCUACGGGACACACUGUACAACAUGAAAGCCUUGCUGCCGACAUUUGUGCGGGAGGUGCAUGACUUUGUACUGGAGCAGUUCAGCAGCAGCCAGUCGGAGCUGCAAAGGGUACUUCAUGACGCGGGGGGGCUGCCAGGGGAACAGAGCCCACUCAAGCUUCGUUGCCAAGCCAACGCCGCCUGUGUGGACCUCAUGGUGUGGGCCAUCAAAGAUGAGCAAGGAGCGGAGAAUCUCUGCACCAAACUCUCUGAGAAGCUUCAAUCAAAAACCUCUAGUAAAGUCAUCAUUGCACACAUGCCGCUGCUCAUCUGUUGUCUGCAGGGACUAGGCCGCCUGUGUGAGAGGUUUCCAGUUGUUGCUCACUCUGCCACGACCUCGCUCAGGGAUUUCCUGGUGGUUCCUUCCCCUGUUCUUAUUAAACUGUACAAGUAUCACAACCAGUACAACACAGGCACGGGUGAAAUUAGGAUAAGCGUGACCAACGAAUAUUCUCAAUCCACCAUCAACAUACUGUCAAACAGGAAGGACCAGCCUUCCAUGUACGAGCAGCUCAGAGACAUUUCCAUUGAUAACAUCUGCAGAUGUCUAAAAGCUGGUUUGACGAUGGACCAUGUGAUCGUUGAAGCCUUUCUGGCCAGUCUGUCCAACCGUCUGUACAUUUCACAGGAGAAUGACAAGGAUGCUCACCUAAUUCCAGAUCACACCAUUAGAGCACUCGGCCAUAUUGCCGUUGCCCUGAGAGACACUCCUAAAGUCAUGGAGCACAUCUUACAAAUCCUUCAACAAAAGUUCUGUCAGCCUCCAUCACAGCUUGAUGUACUUAUUAUAGACCAGCUGGGCUGUAUGGUCAUUACAGGAAAUCAAUAUAUCUACCAGGAGGUGUGGAAUCUGUUCCAGCAGAUCAGCGUUAAAGCCAGUUCAGUGGUCUACUCAGCCACUAAGGACUACAGAGAUCAUGGCUACAGGCACUGCUCUCUGGCUGUGAUCAACGCGCUAGCCAACAUUGCAGCCAACCUACAGGGUGAGCAGCUGGUGGAUGAACUGCUAGUGAACCUUUUAGAGCUGUUUGUCCAACUGGGCCUUGAAGGAAAAAGAGCCAGCGAGAGGGCCUCCGACAAAGGACCAGCACUGAAGGCUUCAAGUAGUGCUGGAAAUCUUGGAGUUCUUAUUCCAGUGAUUGCUGUGUUGACUAGACGGCUUCCACCAAUCAAAGAGGCCAAACCCCGCCUCCAGAAGCUGUUCAGAGACUUCUGGUUGUACUCUGUGGUCAUGGGUUUUGCAGUAGAAGGAUCAGGGCUUUGGCCAGAGGAGUGGUAUGAAGGGGUGUGUGAGAUUGCUACCAAAUCUCCUCUUCUCACCUUCCCCAGUGGAGAACCUCUUCGUUCUGAACUCCAAUACAACUCAGCUCUGAAAAAUGACACUGUGACACCGGCCGAGUUGAGUGACCUGCGGACAACCAUCAGCAACCUUCUCGACCCUCCUCCCGAAGUGUCUGCCCUCAUUAGCAAGCUCGACUUUGCCAUGUCAACAUACCUCCUCUCAGUCUACAGAUUAGAAUACAUGAGGAUGCUGCGAUCCAAUGAUCCUGACCGGUUCCAGGUCAUGUUUCGAUACUUUGAGGACAAAGCCAUCCAGAAAGACAAAUCUGGCAUGCUGCAGUGCAUUAUUUGUGUUGGCGAUAAGGUAUUUGAGGUCUUCCUCCAGAUGAUGGCUGAGAAGGCAAAAACCAAAGAGCAUGAAGAGGAAUUAGAGCGGCAUGCUCAGUUCUUAUUGGUCAACUUUAACCACACUCACAAGAGGAUCCGUCGAGUGGCAGACAAAUACCUCUCUGGUUUGGCUGAGGCAUUCCCCCAUCUGCUUUGGAGUGGUCGAGUUUUGAAAACCAUGUUGGAUAUUUUGCAGACACUCUCUCUGUCUCUAAGUGCUGAUAUUCACAAGGAUCAACCAUACUACGACAUUCCUGACACCCCACACAGGAUCACUGUACCUGACACAUAUGAAGCCAGAGAGAGUAUAGUAAAAGACUUUGCUGCUCGCUGUGGUGAGAUCCUGAAAGAAGCAAUGAAAUGGGCCCCUUCAGUCACAAAGUCCCACUUACAGGAAUACCUGAACAAGCAUCAGAUCUGGGUUUCAGGGCUGUCCCAGCACACCGGCCUCGCCAUGGCCACAGAAAGCAUACUUCACUUCGCAGGCUACAACAGACAGAGCACCACACUAGGCGCUGCUUUUCCACAGACGACUCAGCUGACAGAGAGACCAGCAUGUGUGAAGAAGGACUAUUCCAACUUCAUGGCAUCACUCAAUCUACGAAACCGUUACACAGGAGAGGUGGCCGGUAUGAUCCAGUUCUCAGAGGCCACUCACAGCCAGUCAGAUCUUAAAAAGUUGAUGAUCCAUCAGAUGACCACUGCUCUUGACACAAAAGACCCUGAAGCCUUCACUCAAUGCAUGUUCAAGAUGGCCGCUCUUCUCAUAACUACCAAAAACUAUGAUCCACAGCUGCUGCACCAUCUAUGCUGGUCUCCGCUGAAGAUGUUUACAGAACAUGGCAUGGAAACUGCAAUUGCCUGCUGGGAAUGGCUCCUGGCUGCACACCAUGGGGUGGAAGUGCCAUUAAUGCGUGAGAUGGCAGGAGCUUGGCAGAUGACAGUCGAGCUGAAGAUGGGCUUGUUUUCAGAGACUCAAACUGAGGCCGGCCCCCUGGCUGUCUCAGAGGAAAGUCAACCUGCACCCUGUGUGCCUGAUGUCAUCCCCCACUUCCUCUGGAUAGAGUUUCUGGUGCAGAGGUUUGAAAUUGCCAAAUACAGCAGUGCAGACCAGGUGGAGAUCUUCACCACCAUUUUGCAAAGAUCUCUGUGUCUUAGUGUUGGAGGAGCCAAAAGCAGCCUGAACCGUCAUGUUGCUGCCAUUGGACCAAGAUUCAGGUUGCUGACUUUGGGUUUGACUCUGCUACAUGCGGAUGUCGUGACUAACGCCACCAUCAGAAAUGUGCUUCGAGAGAAAAUCUAUUCCACAGCUUUUGACUACUUCAGUCUCGCUCCAAAAUUCCCCACUCAGACAGAUAAGAGGCUGAGAGAAGACCUAUGUAUAAUGAUCAAGUUUUAUGCCAGCCUGCAGUCUGACAAGAAAUAUCUUACAGCCAACCAACUGGUUCCUCCAGAUCCCCAGGACAUGUCGGUGAACAGCUUGUCUGUAAUGGCAGUAACAGACAGCCGCAACAGUCUUGAUGCAGCGGUUGGUCAGAGGCAGCAGGUGGCUCAGGGAUGGAUCAACACUUACCCUCUUUCUUCUGGGAUGUCCACCAUAUCCAAGAAAUCGGGGUUAUCUAAAAAAAGCAACAGAGGCUCCCAGCUACACAAAUAUUACAUGAAACGAAGGACUCUGCUACUGGCUUUACUGGCUAGUGAGAUCGAGCGCCUUACAACGUGGUACAACCCAUUAUCCACUCAGGAGCUGGCUAUUGCCACAGAGCAGUCGGUGGAGACCAGCAUUGCUAACUGGAGAUCCAAAUACAUCAGCCUGACAGAAAAACAAUGGAAGGACAAUGUCAACUUGGCCUGGAGCAUUGCACCUUACCUCGCCCUGCAGCUGCCUGCCAGAUUUAAAAACACGGAGGCCAUUGUUUCUGAGGUGACUCGUCUGGUGCGAAUGGAUCCAGCUGCUGUGUGUGAUGUUCCUGAAGCGGUCAAAUUCCUGGUGACGUGGCACACAAUUGAUGCUGACUCUCCAGAGCUGAGUCAUAUUCUGUGCUGGGCUCCGGCAGAUCCCCCAACUGGACUGUCAUACUUCUCCUCCAUGUACCCCCCUCACCCCCUCACCGCUCAAUAUGGGGUCAAAGUGCUUCGCUCCUUUCCUCCUGAUGCUAUUUUAUUUUACAUUCCUCAAAUCGUCCAAGCCCUUCGUUAUGACAAGAUGGGCUAUGUGAGAGAGUACAUCUUGUGGGCCGCUCAGAAGUCCCAACUUCUGGCUCACCAGUUUAUUUGGAACAUGAAGACCAACGUAUACCUGGAUGAGGAAGGAAACAACAAAGAUCCUGAGAUCGGUGAGCUGCUGGAACAGAUGGUGGAGGAGAUCACCGGCUCGCUCUCCGGCCCGGCCAAAGACUUUUACCAGAGAGAGUUUGACUUCUUCCACAAGAUUACCAAUGUGUCAGCCAUCAUCAAACCCUUUCCCAAAGGGGAGGAGAGGAAGAAGGCCUGCCUGGAAGCUAUGUCACAGAUUAAAGUCCAGCCUGGCUGUUACCUUCCCAGUAACCCAGAGGCCAUAGUUUUGGAUAUAGACUACAAAUCUGGGACUCCCAUGCAGAGUGCUGCCAAAGCUCCAUACCUGGCCAAGUUCAAAGUUCGAAGGUGUGGUGUCACUGAGCUGGAAAAAGAAGGUCUGCUGUGUCGCUCGGACUCUGUAGAUGAGGGGAAAAGUGAAGAAGAGGACAAGAGAAUCUGCUGGCAGGCGGCCAUUUUUAAAGUUGGAGAUGACUGCAGACAGGACAUGCUGGCUCUUCAGAUCAUCAGUUUGUUUAAGAACAUCUUCCAAUUGGUGGGCCUGGAUCUCUAUGUGUUUCCUUACAGGGUGGUGGCCACUGCUCCUGGAUGUGGAGUGAUUGAGUGCAUCCCAGACUGCAAGUCUCGUGAUCAACUGGGCCGACAGACAGACUUUGGCAUGUACGACUACUUCAGGAACCAGUAUGGGGAUGAAUCCACACUCGCGUUUCAAAAGGCACGGUACAACUUCAUCCGCAGUAUGGCAGCUUACAGCUUGCUGCUCUUCCUGCUGCAAAUAAAAGACAGACACAACGGCAACAUCAUGCUGGACAGCCAGGGCCACCUCAUCCACAUUGACUUUGGGUUCAUGUUUGAAAGCUCUCCUGGUGGGAACCUCGGCUGGGAGCCAGAUAUCAAGCUCACUGAUGAAAUGGUGAUGAUCAUGGGGGGUAAGAUGGAGGCAACACCAUUCAAGUGGUUUAUGGAGAUGUGUGUGAGGGGAUAUUUGGCUGUGAGGCCCUACAUGGAUGCCGUUGUGUCCUUAGUUAACCUCAUGCUGGAUACUGGCCUUCCCUGUUUCAGAGGACAGACCAUCAAAUUACUCAAGCAGCGAUUCAACCCAGGUUUGAGUGAGAAAGAUGCAGCUUCCUUCAUCAUUAAAGUCAUUCAAAACUGCUUCCUCAGCAACAGGAGUAGAACCUACGACAUGAUCCAGUAUUACCAAAACCAGAUUCCAUAUUAAGCUUGUGUGCCUAUGCAUGUGCAUAUGUUGGCUGGUUCAUAGUGUGUACGUGAGUUUGUCCGUGCGUGUGCCUUUGUUAAAUUUGCCACUGAAGAUUGUGACUCACCAUUUCUGCUGGUUGUUGGAUAUUGUCCUUUGUGUUUGCUUAAGCCUCUUGUUUCCUUUCUAGACACACUGUCUUCAAAUGAGUUCACUGUUCCCCUAUUUAUUUUUGUUCUGUUGAAAUGAAUUUUAUCUUAAUUAUUAUACUAUUGCACUAGCAUCUUGACCUAUGUGUAGUUGGAGGAAUAACUCAUGGUAAUCUGCACGUUCAAUUUGUGCCAAGUUUCUAUACAAUAUUAAUGUUUAUGAAUGUGGAUUCAGUUGAUUUUAGAUGGGGUUUGAAGUCUAAGUGAAUACUUCAAGUAGCUGAAGUAGAGUGGUUUCAGUUCUGACCAAUGUGGCCUAUUCUGUCAUUUUAAACUUGACUGUACUACUGUGCUUUUUGUUUUUAAUUGACCAGUCAGAGUUCUUUGAUCUGUGGCAUGGUACUCAGCUUGUAUGUAACAGUCAGAUAUGAUGUACAGACCAUGGAUUACUCUUUUUGUGUUGUGGGGUUUUCCUAUUUAAACAGAAUUAAUGAUGCACACAAGCUUUGGGAAGCACUGAGGCUGAGUUUUGUACAUUUAGCAUUGCCAAAUGGGGAGGAGAAAAAAAUCAUGCACUUAAAUCAAACUUUACUAUUGCUUGUGGAAAAAGUUAAGGCACAGUUCAAAUGUUGGGCAGUUGCAUGAAGUCAAAUGAUAACUUACAUGUAGCUUGAGUCCAAUGUGGCUUUCUUUGAUAAUCCAAAGUUGCUGUGCCCCAUGUCCAUAUGAUUAACUUAAAAACUUCAUGUGAUGUUACUGGUUGUAAAGAUUUAGCUUCUCUUUGUAAUAUUUAUAUCCAUGAUCCAUUUUCUGUAUCCUUUUCUAUCUCCAUGCCUUUUGGAUUAGAGUGCAUGAGAUAUUAAAUCAAAUAAAGAUCUAUUAACUUGA